AUGGCUCUUCUUAGCGUCAACCUUCGAGAUGGACUCAUCUUGACAGCAGUGAUAACCAUUCUGCUGUAUAUUUGGGAAAAGAAAACUGCAAAAAUCACUCGCAAUGGCGAGCCUCUCAGAAAACCACCAAACACACUCCCCCUCGUAGGAAACGGAAUCAUAUUCCUACAACCUCGUCAAAAGCUCUUUUCCUGGUUCCACCGCUGUGAGCGCCUCUACGGCUAUGAAACCCUCCACAUCACCGUCCCCUCCCUCCCACCAGGUGUAAUCGUCAACGAUCCUCAAAACCUGGACUUUAUCUUCCGCAACGAAGGCGUCUUUGAAAAAGGCGAAUUCUUCAAGCAGCGCUCCUGGGAUCUUUUCGGCCAUGGCAUCAUCAACGUUGACGGCGAAUUCUGGCGGCUGCAACGCAAGGCGGGACUGCGGUUCCUUUCUGCAGCGGCCCUGAAGACGUUGACGAAUGAGAAGUUGCCAAAGUACCUUGAUCAAGCUAUUGGUGUUUUGGAAGCAAAGACAAAUACUAAAGAAGUGGUGGAUUUGCAGGCUGUGGUCCAUGAGGUUACGACGCAGUUGAUGGGACGUAUGGCGUAUAACAUGGAAAUGCACGCUGACGAUGACUUUACCGUUGCCUUUGAGCACGCUUCUGGAGGCACUGCCGAGAGGUUUCAGAAUCCGCUUUGGUUCGUUACUGAGAUGUUUACGGGAGCUCGAAUGCGACGCUCAAUUACAACUGUUAAAGCAUACGGGAAGCGUAUCGUCACAAGUGCUGUGGCUGAUCGAAAGGAAGCAGAGGGAAAGACACAGUCUGACGCACCGGGGAGUCUUAUACAAUCAUUGCUUGAUUCAAUCGGUGACGAGACUCUUGUUGCAGAUGCUGCGCUCAAUUAUCUCUCAGCCGGAAGAGACACUGUCGCGCAGGCUUUGACGUGGACGUUGUAUCUUCUCAUGAAGAAUCCGCAUGUAGCGACCAAGCUGCGUCAAUCCGUUGAAAGUCUACGAGAUGAAGACACCAGCACUGGAGACGACCCCGAGCUUCUUACACCAGUACGACUGCCAUAUGUUCUAGCCGUCUUUUACGAAUCACUUCGUCUUCGACCUCCCAUACCAUUCGAAAUCAAGCAAGCUCAACAAGCAACUACUCUCCCAGACGGAACAUUUCUUCCCGCCGGCGCUAUCGUGGUGUGGUGUGCUUGGGCGAUGGGACGUUCACACACAACAUGGGGUCCUAACGCAGAUGAUUUCCGUCCUGAGCGCUGGCUUACUACAUCACUAGCUGGAGAUGUGACCGUUGCUCAGCGUCCAGCGGCUGAGUUUCCCGUGUUCAAUGGUGGACCACGGGUAUGUUUGGGGAAGAAGAUGGCAGAGUUAGUCGCGGUACAGACAUUGGCGAGAUUAGUUCCCCUGUUUAAGUUUGAGCCUGCGUUUGAGGGCGAGAGAGUGAGCAAAAGUAGCUUAACUUUGCCUAUGGAGGGAGGUUUGCCUGUGUAUGUGCAGCAUCAAACACCUUCGUAG